AUGUUGACGUUCAGCCAUCUGGAUGCAGACGCAUUCGAGAACCCGAAGAAAAACAACGGUCGGAAAAGACCCCGCUGUCGCGAGCCUUUGGCAUGUAACCAUUGUCGCAAAUCCAAAGUGCGCUGCGAUCGCAAGUCACCAUGCAAACCGUGCCAAGAUCGUGGAAUGGGCACACAAUGCACUUACUCCCGUUUCAAAAGUUCAACAGUCUCUCAAUCAGCCAGACCGAUGGCAUCCCCUCCUCGCACAGAGAUCGAUCUACUCGCGUUCGAACAGUUGACACCCCGAUCCUCCGAUGGAGAGGUCCUCGAUCCACUAUCGGUCCUGCCCCACAACCUGACCACCGUUAGCCAUGCCAAUAGUGCCUUUAAAGGGUCGAACUUCAAAACAAGGCUGAUUGGCGGCACCCAUUGGAUGGCCGCGUGCACCGAUUUGCCUGUAAUAGGGGCUAUGCUGGAGAAGAGCGUUGAUUUUCAACGGACGUGGAGAACUUUCGCGGAAGUCAAAUCUCUCCUUCGCGCCGCAAAUUCGGUACCAGUCGGGGUAAAUGGAGAUGGUAAGAAACUACUCAAUCUCCUUCCCGAUAGAUCGACCUGCGAAAAGUGGAUCAGGCGAUUUUGUGAAACAUAUGGUAGAAUCUACCAUGUGAUCGACCAGACCUGCCUGAUGACCGAGCUGGAGAAAAUACUGAUCGCAUGCGUCGACGCCAACGAAGUGCACGUUCUCAAGAUUCUGUUGGUCAUUGCGAUUGCCAUGCAGACUGACAAGUCAGAGCGACUACACGGGCGUCUACUACUGCACGAAGCGGAGAGCCGUAUUCAUACAUCGACACGGUUCCAAAAACCUUGUAUCGGCGUCAUGCAGGCUUUAGUGUUGUUGAUCAUCAUGAAGACCGUCACUGCCUCUGAUACUGACAAAAUUUAUAGCCUCAUAGGUAUCAUGGGGCUGACUACGCAAAUGGCUCUGAGCAUGGGCUUGAAUAGGGAUCCGGCCUUGUUCCCCGGUGUCGCUCCAUACUACGCAGAAGUUCGGAAACGAUUAUGGGCGUGCUUCUUUCGAUUGAACCUCGACUAUUGCAUCCGGAGUGGAUCCCACUUUGGUAUUCGACUGGAAGAUGUGGACUGUCCUCUCCCGACCCCUAUCGACCUUUCGACCCUUGACCCGGGAUCCAUGAUGGAGUCAGGUAUCUUCUUAAACCAAGCCCAGGAAGCAACGGACCAGGCUUUCAACAUCGCUGCAAUGAAGCUUGCUAUAGUGAGAGCUCCAUUACACCAGCGACUCUGCUCCACAACUCCCGGAUUAUCAAGCGAGGUACGGGAUCGAAUGCGCGCCUCGUUCAACAAGAUCCUGCGUGAGUUGCCUCCGAAUCUGCAAGCAGGAACUUCGUCAACCAGUCCAAUCGAAAAGCUUCAGCAAGCCUUGUUAUCAAUGCAUGGGCAUAGCUUCAUGAUAAUUAUCACUCUCAAUUUUGUCCUAGGAGUCCCGUCUUAUAAUUCACAGCGGGGCGAUCUCUAUGAAUUAUGGGACAAUUCGGUGUCUAUUCUCCAUCAGUUGCAGGAGGUGUUACAGAGCGGCUCUGAGCUAUCUAGCGUGGCCUACCAUCUCCUUUGGACUGACCUUGCCCGCGCAGCACUGACUGCAUGUUUGGUGAUUGGUCGCUUGCGGAAGAAUAUCAAUCUAGGGACAUCCGUCUCCAAUGGCCCCCAACCCACACUGGUCAUCUUUCAACAGCUUUUACUGAAAUAUCUCGACUCUUUGUCGCAAAUUCUAGCGGGAAGAUACCAGCUAGGACCUGUUGCAGCGAAGACGAGACUUGUCCUUGGUGUCGCAACAACUAUUACCUCAAGCCUGGUCGACGACUUUAGCGGCUCACAACACGAUUCCAAGUUCGUCCAGGUCGGCAUCAAAGCUGCCGAGGAGGUCGUAACCGAGAUGAAACGUUCUCUGAAACAGAAAGAACAAGAUUCAACGCUCGCUUUGCUGGGAUUCAAUACUGCAAGGACGUCAGCUCCACAAAGUGCCACCAGCCCUCUUAUCCCUCUUGCGGCAAACUGGAUGGACCAUGCACAACUUCCAGAUCACUUAAUUCAUACGUUGUUUCCGAGCGACUGCGACUUUUACACAGGCUCAGAAUCUCUGGGUCUGGGUAUGCAGUCCGAUCUGUGCUUACCAUUUUCCAUGGCGCCAUUCAAAUUCACUUCACCGAUGCAGUCCACGCCAGACCUCUUGUGGGAAGAGGUAUAA